AUGAGGCUGGCAGAGGGACAGGUCGCCUUCAGGGUCUCCCUCUUGCUGCUGGAGCUCUGGACACUCUUAGCCCCAGUCCAGGGUCCCCCAGGCCCUCCCUUAUGGCGCUAUGCAUCCUCUGAGGUGGUGAUUCCGAAGAAGGAGGCACAGCAUGGCAAAGGCUUUCAGGUGCCAGGCUGGCUCUCCUACAGCCUGCACUUUGGGGGCCAAAGACAUGCCCUCCGCAUGCGGAUGAAGAAACUCUUUUGGCCCAGACACUUGCUGGUGACCACCCAGGAUGACCAAGGAGCCUUGCAGAUGGAUUACCCCUACAUCGCUUCAGACUGCUACUACCUCGGCCACCUGGAGGAGAUUCCUCUGUCCAUGGUCACUAUGAGCACGUGCUUUGGUGGCCUCAAGGGAGUUAUGAAGCUGGACGACCUUGCCUACGAAAUCAAGCCUCUGGAGGGUUCCAGCAGGUUUGAGCACAUUGUUUCCCAGAUAGUGGCUGACCCCAAUAUAACGGGGCCUACAUAUAGCCUAGGACAGAAGGAGUUGGAUCCCUUCUUUUCUGAAGCAAAUAUCAGCAUGGCUCCAAGGCUCCCCCAUAAGGUCUAUAGCUCCCAUAGUGGCUGGUUAAGAGGCCAUUGUCAGGCCUCCCAUAGUAUGUGUAGUCAAUUCCAAAAUGAUACAAAGUGUCUCUACGAGAUUCUAUAUAUUGCUAGUAUAGUUGACAGCAUUCUUCAAGGCACUGACAUGAAGUUCUAUCUUUCUCUUCUGACCCUAUAUACUGUCCGUGAUCCAGCUGACGUGACUGACCAUAGCAACAACAGUCCAAUGUCUAUUUAUUAUCGGCAAAACUUUUAUGAAACCUUUCGCCCUCAUUCAUCUCUAUUGAUAAACAAAAAUGGGCCACAUGAAGGUCAUUACGAUCCAGUGAUUUAUCGGAUUUGUGGACAAUAUAAUUUAUUAUACAUUGGUCAACUUGAAAGACAUGCAUUAACAGUAGCUAUUGUAAUAACCAACAGAAUUCUCAGGAGUCUUGGAGUACGUUAUGAUGAGCCAGAGUGCAGAUGCUUGAGAAGGGCCUCCUGCAUCAUGGCACGAUAUCCUGGAGUGACAGAUGCAGCCAGUAAUUGUACCUUUGGACAUAUAAACAAUAUACUUUCGGGUGUCACCGGCAACUGUAUUUUUGACAACCAAAUCAUGUAUUACAAUAAAAGCGCAGUACAAGCUCGCUGUGGGAACUACGUGGUGGACGAUCAUGAGCAAUGUGACUGUGGCUCCUUAAAGCAAUGUCACGCCGAUAUGUGUUGCACAACUGACUGCCGCUACAAGAUGGGCGGUUACUGUCAUAUAGGAGCAUGCUGCACAGAUUGCCAAUACUCCCCUGCAGGGACUCUCUGCAGACCCAUCCAAAAUACUUGUGAUCUUCCAGAGUACUGCAGUGGGGCCAACCAGGUAUGCCCUACAGACUUUUAUAUGCAAGACGGAACCCCUUGCAGUGAAGAAGGCUAUUGCUUUCAGGGAAACUGCACUGACCGUGAAGUGCAAUGCAAGGAAAUCUUUGGUGCCAGUGCUUUGCCGGGUGACGUUUCCUGCUAUGAUAUAAAUAAAGAAGGGACCCGAUUUGGAUUUUGUACCAGACCGUCAAUAUUACGGAGGCCCUACGCUUGUGGCGACAACAACAAAAUGUGUGGGAGACUGCAGUGUGCCAAUGUCACCCAUCUUCCCCGGUUACAGGAUCAUGUUGGAGUCCAGCAGGUGCAGAAAGGAGGUUUCGACUGCUCAGCGGUGGGUGAACACCGCGGGACAGAAACAACUGAUGUUGGACAGGUAAGGAAUGGUACUCUUUGUGCUCCUGGAAAGUUUUGUUUUAAUGCCCAAUGCAAUGGGACUGUGACGGACCUGAACUACAACUGUCCCCCUGAGAAGUGCAGUUAUAGAGGUAUUUGCAAUAACAGAAGGAACUGCCACUGCCAUGUGGGUUGGGACCCUCCACGCUGCCUCAGACCAGGUUCCGGUGGGAGUACAGACAGCGGCCCCCUUCCAAAAAGAAUGCGGAAAGUGACACAAAGUCAAGAAGCAGUGUUGUAUUUGCAAGUGCUCUUUGGUCGGAUUUAUGCCUUCAUAGCCGCGUUGCUCUUUGGGGUGGCCACAAAUGUGCGAAAUAUCAAGACCGUCACUGUUAAGGAAGCAACAGUUAGUGAGCCUGUUUAA